AUGGAUGGCACCUUCACCCCAACAACCUCAACUCCCGAAGUUUCCUGGAUCUUCAACGUUACGACGCCGAACAUAGGUCUUGAUAAUAUCAAGCUGUCGAUGGCAAAGCAGGGUGAUUUCAGUGCUGGGUACGUGCAGGCAGUAGGGGAGCAUCACAGUCGAUACAGUGGGACGAGUGCGCAUCUGACUGUCGAGUGGAUCGAGGCUACACAAGACGAGCCUGAGUUGAUGGAUGCGUAA